AAGCACCUUUUGCCACACAUCGGUUCCCAUGGCGACCAAAAGCUGUCGCUUUUGGGCCGUGCGACUGGCAGAAGAUCCCGUUCAAGUGGAGGUGCCACCAGGCGAAGUUUUGUGCCUCUCGCGUGCCUGUCAAAGUUCAUUCGCACCUGGUGUUCUGCGAUUAUUGGUGAGAGGAGUCAGUGGCAAAAGCAAAAAGCCACCCAAAGAUGUGGUGAGUGCUGACUUCGCAUUCAAGAUCGCUUCAGGUGGCAGCCGGUUGGGUGCUCGGUUGGCUGGUGCCUCUGGCCUCUCAUGGCAGUUGCGGCUGGUAGCCAAAGCCGCAGAUGGACAUGGCAGCCAUGACAGCCAUGAAGUCGUUGGUGAAGCACCCGCUGAAGUCGACGUCCUGGGUUACUUCACCCACGUCUCUCCGGCGCGGAGGAGGCCACGGAAAAGGACGGUGGUGCCAAAGAGGCAGAUGCUACGAGAAGUUCGCCUUCCAGCAGGUUGGGCCGCUCUGUCCUUCAAGGACAUAGCAGGACGCAUGGUUGUGAGCGAAGUGCCAAAAGCAUGUUUCUCUUCUGCCGCCUAUGGUGCGGCCGCUGCCCCGCAGGUGUCCAAUGUGGCCGUUGGUGAUGAGAUCGUAUCCGUCAAUGGCCACAGCCCAGCUGCAUUGGCGCAGCUCAUUGCUGAGCCAAAUCAUCGCUUCAACAGCUGUAGCAGCUUUGAUCCGCCACAUAUACCUGGCACUGUCGGGAAGUUGCAAUCCCCUUGCUGCGUUUCUUGUGACUUCAUCCGGCGACAUCAACACUUUGGUCUGGACAUUGCUUUGCAGAUGUGGCUCCGUGUGGUGAAGCAGCAGGUGCCCAUUACCUUGGGAGUGCUGCCAAAGACACACCACGACCACCACGACACGCCCAAGUCGUCGAACCCCAGUUCAGCUCCAAAGAUGAGCACAGAACCUCUGCAGCUGGUGGUUCCAAAGGAGGCGAGGCCGAAAGCAGAUGUUCCGAAGGCUUUCGUGGCUGGCUAUAAUCCUUUGAAGCCAGCAGCAGCUGGAGUAGCGCGGUCCGUGGCAUCUGCGAAGCCAAAGGCCAAUGCCGCAUCUGCAGUGGGGCCCAUGCAGCAGUUGCCCAAUGGCCUAUCUUUCCAAGAGCUUCCAGCCAAAGGAGCUGUGACUGCUGGAAAAGGAGCAAGCAUUGGAAGCGAGGUCGAUUUCCGCUUCACCAUUUCAUUUCCGGGCGUUGGGAACAAGCAGCAGGUUCUGGAAAGAGGACAAGUGCAAUGCAUCUUGGGCCAAAGCGAGCUGAAAGAUGGAUGGGUGGAUGGCAACGUGGACCUGGAACAGGUCUUAAGCACCUGGACUAAGGCCUUGACGGGCAUGAGGGUCGGACAUCGGCGCCGGGUUCAUGUUCCCUCGCGCUUUGGCUUCGAUGCAGAGGUGGUGCCAUCCGGGAAGGACUUGAUCUUUGAGGUUGACAUGAAGGGAGUGAAAUGAGAGCCAAAUCGCUUGGUCAAAA